AUCUAUGUUGUGCAGUAGUAUCUAUAUCGCUUUCGCGUGUUCUGCUUAAUUUUCAACGACAUAUAUUUCGAUAUUCCGAAAAACUUCUGAAAUUAUCCGUUUUCUUUCAUUGUUUAUUCAAUCAUUCAUAAAAAUGAAAUUGAUCGGGCUCAUUUGCAUGUAUUUGCUGUUGUUUUGUAGUCAUCUUAGUGCGGACCCGAUAAAUGAGGACGAUGAGAUAAGUUUGCUUAUUGAGAAAGUAUGGACUAAUUGGAAUCAGUCGAACAUCGAAAUCAAUCCUGAUACCACUCUCGACACGCCGGAGAUGAUAAAAAAAGCGGGUUAUCCCGCGGAAGCUCACGUUAUACAGACGGAGGAUGGCUAUCUCUUGACGUUACAUCGUAUCCCAGGUGGCAACAAUUCUUUACCCGUGCUUCUGCAGCACGGUCUUUUAGUCAGCUCCUUUGACUGGGUUAUUCUUGGCAAAAAUAAAGCAUUGGCUUACUUAUUAGCGGAUGAGGGAUACGAUGUUUGGCUGGGAAAUUUUCGAGGUAAUACAUACUCGAAGGCACAUAUUUCUCUAACUCCUUCGGAUUAUGAAUUUUGGGAUUUCAGCUUUAACGAACUGGGCCUCUAUGAUUUACCCGCGAUGAUUACAUUUAUCACGAAGAUGAGAUCGCAACCAUUGCAUACAUAUGUUGGUCAUUCUAUGGGCACAACUAGUUUUUUUGUAAUGGCAUCAGAGCGUCCAGACGUCGCUGAAAAGGUGCAAAAGAUGGUCGCUCUCGCGCCAGCAGCCUUUACACACCACAUGAAGAGUCCGGUACGAUUCCUGAGUCCGUUUAUAGGUGCGAUUGAGCUACCGAAUCGAUUGCUCUUCCACGGUGAAUUCUUCCAAAGCGACGUUUUGAGAUUUUUUGGGAGCAGUAUAUACAGUGAUAACAUCAUCGUAAAGUUUCUCUUUUCCAAUUUGAUGUUUAUACUUGUAGGUUUUGAUCCCAAGCAAUUUAGCUAUUCUCUGGUGCCUGAAUUCUUAAGUCACUAUCCGGCCGGCACCUCGACUAAAACGAUACUGCAUUUCGUUCAAGUAUAUAGAUCGGACAUAUUUCGCAAAUACGAUUACGGUUUCCUGAAAAAUCUGUGGGUCUAUAAAUCUACAAAACCACCGAAUUAUGAUUUAUCGAAAAUUACAGUACCAAUCGCGUUGUUUUAUGCCGAUAAUGACUUGUUAAUCAACAUACAGGAUGUGAUAAAAUUGCACAAUUUACUGCCCAAAGUAAUGGAUAUGUACAGAGUGUCAUGGGACAAAUUCAAUCAUGUGGAUUAUAUGUGGGCUAAAGAUGCGCGAAAACUCGUAUACAAUCAUAUUCUCGAGAUCAUGAAAGAAAAUCCAAAUGACACUUAUUCAAAUAAUCUAAUCUAACGUUACAACCAAUGGAAAAAUAUUGUCAACAAUCAAAAUUAAAGAUAAAUGUUACACGAUAGAUCUUCCGUAAUAUUUAUGAUUGUAAUCGUUCAUUCAACGAAACGUAAACUUAUAAUAUCUUAGUAUUAUUUCUAAUAUUCAAAAAUGUUUAUUAAGCGUUUAAAAAUUCGGGAGCAACAUUAUUUGUAUAACUUACAGAUGGAACAAUUAAUUUAAAAACAUCCAAUUUUCAGUUAUUUUUCAUCUGUCUUGUAUUAUAUAUGAUUAUUAGACCAAUGUUGUGGUUUUUUCAAAUGUUUAAUAUUAUAUUUAUUCUGGUG